AAGUUUUUUAUGUUAGAGAAAGUAAGACAGAGACAAAUUGGCUAUGUGACAGAGAUAAAAAUAGUUCGCUUUAUCUUCAUCUCGCAAUUUAGUGCUGAAUUUUUUAUAAUCUACAACAAAUAUUCAAACCUCGUGGUUCGUGUCCAUGCUAAAUUCAAAAUAUUUCCCGUAAAAUUUUAAUUCGAUUUAAUUUAGUUAAUUUUACGUUUUAAAAGACGAUCUUUCAUUGAUAAAAUAUUAUUAAACGAAUAUCAGUUUAUGCUUCUUUUGCUCUUGAUACAAAAUUUUUUAAUAACAAUUGUUUUGACUCGAGUUAACGAAUGGUUUGCAAAAUUUAAAUAAUUCUAAAAUGGAGGAGGAGUAUCUUAAUUCCGAGUUGCGUGGAAUUCUGGAACAAUUCGUGAGAAUUCGUGAUGCAUACGUCGCGAUGGAAACUUACUGCGAAGUGCAAGAAGAAGCACUGUCGAUUGAGAAAGAACGUUAUGAGAAGAUGAAAGAGAAUCUAGAGAAACUUUCGAAAACUUAUUUGUUUCUCGAAAGGAGAUAUAAGACCACUGUUGAGAAAUUGCAGAAUGAAGGGAACGAUCUUCGUAAAAUAAUCGAGGAACUGAAAAAAGAUUGCGAUGAUCUGCGUCUCAUUAAUGCAGAACGUAUUGCAAACGACGAGCAAAUGCGCGGAUUGCAAGACGAAGUGGAGUGUUUAAAAGUGCAGUUAUUAAUGCAAGAAGAGAAACAUAACGAGGAUAUUGCAUUACUGAAGCAACAACACACGGAUGAAAUACAGAGAUACAAAAUGUUGCUGCAAAACGCGAAACUAACCUCUACUUCCAAUGAGCCUAAAAAAAGAGGACGGCCCAAAAAUUCGGGAAAAAAUAAAAAAGAUACCUAUUUUAGAUGGCCAGAAUUGAAUAUAGAGAAAAUUAAUGAUACAACACAUACGGGUUUCGAGAAGGAAAUCGUAAAUAAAAACAUUGGAACGAAGAAAAGGAAAUUGUUCCACGAAGACAAAGAUACCAUAGUGGAUAUUGUUCAAAGUAUACACAAUUUAUCAGUUCAAAAUAUACAAGAAAACGAGAUUAAUACAAAAUAAUUAUUGCGUACAUUACAAAUAAUAUAAAAAAUAUAUAUAUAUUAAUUUAGUCCAAAGUUAAAUUCAUUUUCGUAAAUAAUUUCAGUAAAAAUUAAACUAAGUAUAAUUUUUGGUUCGAGUCUAAGAUUCUUAAAUGAUAAACGUAUUAAUGUUACAUAAAUAAAUCAAGAUAUAUCUGAUAAAAAAAAAAAAUGCUUAUCUUU